AAGAUACACAAUGAAAUCAAGACUUUACACGCACUUACAAAACUACAAAAUAUUUUAUUUGUUUUUAUAAUAAUAUAAAAACUUGUUAAAUAUUAUUUACAAAAAUAAAGUUUGACUAAUGAUCUAUUUUGACUCUCCCUAAAAAAUAACAUCAAAUGUUUAAUUCGUUUAAGUGCAGUUUUACUAAAAGUGAGUUUAAUUGUGAAUCUUCAAUAAAGAGAUUGUGACGAUUAUUUAUUACUCAUCUAGAAGUAACGAGACAACAAAAGUAACCGAUUAUGGCUUUUACAAACGUUUUGUUGAUAAGUCAAGUUGCCGGAUAUGUCGUCGCUUCAAUACUGUCAUUAUGUAUUAUUGUACCUAUGAGUCUCCAUCAGGAUGAAUUCAAAGGACAUUGUCUUCUUUUUUCAACUGGAGUUUGGCAAGAAACAGAUGGACAAUUAGUUGUCAGCUGGGGAUCACAAAUUUAUUGCAACUAUACGAUAUUCGUAGGAUUAAUCCUUCUGAUUACGUCUUUGGUACAAAUAUACAGACUCUCAAUGCUGAUGUAUCAUGGAGAAGAUAGUUCGUUUCUGUCAGCUUUUGUGGAUGUAGUCAGCUCAAUAUUCCUAGCAACUGUGACUCUGAUAGCUGCGACGUUUAUAACUCUCGGCUUCAUGACAUGGUGCCAAUGCAUGUCCAAGAGAUUUCCAUCUUGUGAUCUAGCAGCUGGCAAUGAUAUUGAUAAAAAUGACGGUAUUAAUACAUCUGGAUUUUAUAUUGAACUAGGUGUCGCACAAUUUGGAGCCUGGAGCAGUCUUUCUAUUUGGGUUGGUCUUUCAGUUUUCGCUGUUCUUAAAUUACUCAAGUAUCAUCAGCUUGAAAACAUGAAAGUUUCCAUGUUUAGAGAAAGACAAAGAUUGAUAGAAGGUGCAGGUAUCAGCCAACCAUACGAAAUUAAUUGAUUAUUUUAAUUUUUUUAUAAAUUAUUUUAAUUUUAAAUUCAUUUCAAAAAUACUAUUUGAUAAUAAUUCUCAUUAUUGUACGUGGUAUAUUCAUAAGUUUGUAGACGAACAUGACAACUGUAGUAUUACACCAAAACUUACUACGUUUUAAUUUCAGUUUCAUUUAAAAAUUUUACCAAUAAAUAAUUUGUAAUUAUAAUUCACUUUGAAUAUCAAUUAAUAAUUAAUGCAUAAUAUUUGAUUUAUUCAGUUAUAACAAUCAUUUUGGUGAAAUGUAUUUUUUUUCUACACACAUCUAUGAAUAUACC